GAUCAGCUGAGGAUCAGCACUCACAACGGCGGACACUUAAUCAUGCUAUUUAUCAAAUAGACCUUUAUAAAACGGAUAGUAUGUGAAUUUAACAAUACAUGUUCCAGCGAAUAUAAAGCAAGGAAAGGCUGGUGUUCCAGUGAACAUUUUCUCUCAAAGCUCUGUGUUUGGAACCUCAAGGAUGGAUUAUCCCAAAAUGGAUUAUUUUCUGGAUGUGGAGUCUGCUCAUAGACUCUUGGAUGUUGAGUCAGCUCAAAGAUUCUUCUACAGUCAAGGAGCUCAAGCUCGCCGGGCGACCCUGCUCCUGCCUCCCACAUUAAUGGCGGCAUCCUCGGAGGAUGAUAUAGACCGGCGGCCCAUCCGGAGAGUGCGCUCCAAGAGCGACACGCCGUACCUCGCGGAGGCCAGGAUCUCCUUUAACCUGGGGGCAGGCGUUUCCCUCUUUGGGGAUAUGGAUGAAGCAAGAAUGGGACCAGCAGUGUCAACUCUUGGGUGUCCUAUUGGACUUGAGCUGUGUUCCCUAGAAAACCACAGCCUCCUGAAGACAGCCCCUACAUACACUACAUCAGCCCACAUCUGCUCAGGCCCCUGUACAGGUGGACAAUUCUCUACUCAGGGUAUGAGCCCUAUUCAAGGAGCUAAAAGAAGGAGGGUGAUUUGCCUGCCUUUAGAUGGGGAAGAGUUUGGCUGAGAGGAUAUUUACUCUUUGGUCCAUAUGGGAAGGGAAAAUGCAGUUUGUUGUGUGUAUUCAUUUCCUAGAGUUGCUGUAACAAAGUACCACAAACUACAUGACAUAAAACAACAUCAAUUUGUUCUCUGAUAGUUCUGGAGUCUCGAAGUCCCAAAUCAAGGUGUUGGUGGUGCCAUGCUUUUUUGGCAGGCUCUAGGGGAGAACCUGUCUUCCAGCUUCUGGCAGCAGUUGGCAAUCCUUGGUGUUAACUGGGCUCAAAAAUGCAUCACUCCAAUCUCUGACCCUGUCAUCCCAUGGCUGUCUCUCUCUAUGUGUUCACAUUGUCUUUCUUUUGUCCAGGUCAGUCUCUGGGGCUCUUCUCUUCUUAUAAAGUCACCAGUCAAAUUAGAUUAGGACCUAACCUAAUGACUUGUUUUAAAUUGACUCUAUCUGUAAAGACGCUAUUUCCAAAUAAGGUCACAUUCACAAGUACCAGGUGUUAGAAUGUCAACAUAUCUUUUAGGAGAACACAAUUCAACCCAUGUCAGGGUGUAAGAUUUACUCCAUGGCUCUGGAGUGAUGGUUUUGAGGAGCUACCAGAUCUGCCUCAACUCUCCCAGGACCGUAACAGAGCAUGCAUUUACUCACGAGAUGUGUUAAAACUCUAAUUAGUAGGGCUGGGUGUGGUGGCUCACGCCUGUAGUCCCAGCACUUUGGGAGGCCGAAGUGAGCAUAUCAUUUGAGGUCAGGAGUUUGAGACUAGCCUGGUCAACAUGAUGAAACCCCAUCUCUACUAAAAGUACAAAAAUUAGUCUGGUAUGGUAGCACGUGCCUGUAAUCGCAGCUAUUCAGGAGACUGAGGCAGGAGAAUCGCCUGAGCCUGGGAGGCAGAGGUUGCAGUGAGCCAAGAUCAUGCUACUGCUCUCCAGUCUGGGCAACAGAAUGAGACCCUGUCUC